GGCCAUUCUGGCUUUCUCAUCAGCCAUCCAAGUUUCUUCAUCUCAGACGAGUUUGGACUCGUCUCAAGCCAGUUUCAAACUGUUUCAAUUUCAAAGUCACAAGAGACUUCUUCACAUUUGACACAGAGUUUUCGCUCAAGCUCGAGAGAGAGUCCUUCAGCAGAAACAUGGCGGUGUCUCAGAUUGUCGUCAAGAUACUCCUGGUGUGCAGCAUUUUCUGCAUGCCCGCAUUGGUAUUGGGCAAGAAGGAGGAAAAAAUGUUGACACUUUAUGUGCACGAGAGUCGUGUACCACCGAAUCCAACUCUGAUCACAGUAGUGACUGCGACUGGAAACCUUAGUCAGAUUGGGUUUGGUUCAAUUCAGGUCUUCAGCAAUGUCUUGAAAGACGGACCCUCCAACGAUUCUACAGUGAUCGGUGUGGAGCCCGGUUUCGUCACGAUCGGCAAACAGAACAUCUUCGUGAGCUACACCUUCACCAUCAGCGGUCCAGAAGGCAAUGGAACUCUUGCUGUACAGGGUCAAUUCGCCUUGAACGUGUGGCCUAGGGAAAUGGCAGUCGUGGGAGGAACUGGAAUUUUCCGAUACGCGAACGGGUAUGAUAUCAGCGAAAUCGUUGACGACACCAACCCAGCAAAUUAUGUUACUAUCCACAAGAUCUAUCUGAAGUUCUUGUAGAUCUCACGUUGGAAGAGCACGCGAAGUGUAUGAGUGCCACAAUGAAGUUUCUGGAGGAAUUGAUCUAUACAAAUACGGGAAUAUUAGGUGCAUUGAGAUUUGAAAGGUCGAAUUUCCAGUACUAUCAGCCCUCGAGAUUUUGACUGACUUACGAUGCACGCGUGUAUUUGUUGCUCUAUUACAGAGCAGAUUACGACUGGGAAUUGUAGUUUCACAACAGCACUGUAGUUGAACUGAUUUCAAAUGUAAAGCAUCUAAGAAUAAUUUGUUACAAUAUGAAUCGCUUCUUGUAUACCGGUACUUUUUGUUCUCUUCUCUCUGGAAUCUGAAAUUUAGUAACUGUCAGCUAGCACGUGAGUCAGAUUGUUACAAUUCUCCAGGCGAUUUGCGCUCUUCGUUCAAUGAGGAAAUUUUUUUCAGACUUAUCAGUCAGUACUAUCAGUCAGAGUCACAUGUUCAAGCUGUUUCCUAGAGACACCUCGGUCUAUAUAUCUCGAAUGGUAGUGUUAUGUACAUAGAAACCUGAGUUUACAAUGUUUCCAAUGUUCUCCAGAUGAAUACAUAAGAUAUAUAUCCAUAUGUAUCUAAGAGCCGGUAAACGUUUUGAAAUCUCGUUUGCGACCAAAAUCGGAC